CCGGCUGCGAGUGACACGCCACGGGAGGGUGGAGAAGUAACAGCAAGCCAAACAUUCAGACAGUAAAGAUGAACUCCGACCAUUUCAAAUACAAAUGGACUCCAGUGAAUUCAGCGGCUGUUUUUAUGACAGUCAACCUUUGAAAGUUUUCAUAUCGUUGUGAGCGCGUGUUCACGGGCAGAUGGCCACACCGUUUGUUCCUGUGCCCGCGCACGUGCCUGCAGACAGACCUCUACGGGAGGACGGUAAACCCAGGCGGACGCAGAGAGCGUCAUCGGCGUGCAGCGAGUCGAGCUCAGGCCGCAGGAGAGCCGCAGCGGCGCCGUGUCAGAGCCCCAUCACCCGCGCCAGACUCAACGCCACCGAACGCACCGCGGAAUAUUCCUGCUACCCUCAUUCAGACAGCCCGCUAGACACCGCCGGACCGGACUGGGAGGAGCGACCCCUCACGCCCACCGUGCUGGGCUACGAGGUGAUGGAGGAGCGGGCAAAAUUCACCGUCUAUAAAGUUCUGGUGAAGAAAAGUCCUGAGGAGAGCUGGGUCGUCUUCAGACGCUACACUGACUUCUCAAGACUUAAUGAAAAGCUAAAGGAGAUGUUUCCUGGAUUCAGACUGUCUCUUCCUCCGAAACGCUGGUUUAAAGAUAACUAUGACACCGAGUUCUUGGAGGACAGACAGCUGGGCCUACAGGCUUUCCUACAGAACCUUGUGGCCCAUAAAGACAUCGCCAACUGCUGGGCGGUUCGGGAGUUCUUGUGUCUUGAUGAUCCGCCCGGCCCGUUCGACAGUCUGGAGGAGAGUCGGGCAUUCUGCGAGACACUGGAGGAAUGCAACUACAGGCUUCAAAAGGAACUUGUAGAGAAACAGAGAGAAAUCGACUGCUUGAAAAAAUCACUGGAGGAGAAAGAUCUCCACAUUCAGAAUCUUGAGAGGACGAUCAGCGGUGAGGUUCUCACUCCAGACAGUCUGCAGUGCGUGUCCGCUCCAGGGAGUGACAGUAGUGUGGAUGUGGAGUCUUCUGCGGUUGAGGCUGACCAGGAGCUGACAGAUGAGAACGAAUGUGUCCUUCAGUCGGGUCAGAGCUCUGCUGUGUGUUGGUGCGCUCCGUCCGUGAGCUCCGGUUCUCCUCCUGUCAUCCAGGUCACUCCUGUGGAACACUGACCCACUGAAAGAAUUCUCAGCGUUCAUCUUCUCUGGACAUUAGAGUUCAGACAGAGCAUCUGAUGUUUGAUCUCAGCCAAAGACUGAUGCUUCACCCAAAGCCCUGAAAACAACCCCACUUACUGAACUACAGGAAACAGAAUUCUUUCUCAUUGACAAUCUAAUGACACUAAACCAGGAGGUUUCAGCCGUCUCUGUCUGUUGUUCUCAGGGUCAUUUGUGUUUGUUGUUUUAGGUGUAAAUGUAACCUGUGCACCUGUGUCAUGAUUAUAAGGGAAGGGAUCUUUAUAGGAUUUGCUAUCACCAAUGGUUUUUGUUUUUCACAAUGAGUUUGUUUAGUACAUCUGAGACCUGAUGACAUCACUUUCUACAGAUCACAUGACCACUUUCUGCGCUUACUUCAUUCUAAAUGACGCUUGUGUGUUAAGAUGACAUCAUCAGUAUGAAUUGAUCCCCUCCUUAGUCUUGGUAUCAUCAUCAUCAUCGUGCAGAGGCGAGAUGCUGCUAGCUUGACGUCUGCAUCACUACGGCUAUAUUUCAUCAUCUCUGUGUUUAUGUGACAUGUAACACUCAUGUCUGUAGUCUGUAACUGUGCCUGGGGCACAUGAUGCACUUUAUGUUCCUAAAGGAUUAUGGGAUAGAUACUUGUACACUACAUGUUUGAAUAACAAGGUAAAGCUUCACGUGAAGCGGAGUGCCUUUCUACAGACAUCUGUGUGUUCUAAUUUUAUGGCCCUGAUAAAACGGUGCCUUGCAUCUGUAACUACAGAAUUUUAUGUAUUUAAUGUUACAUUUAGUUUCAGUUUCACUUCAGCAUAUUUCAAAAUGUGUCUAGGUGUUUUGUAAACGAUUGUGUUGAAAUGGAUCCAGGGGUUAGUAGAGGAGUUCUUGACAGAUCAUUUUUUAUUCCUAUUAUUAUUUCUCUGAGUUUAACAUGAUUGAUUUUCAGAAAGAUGGAUUGCUGUUGUUUUAUUUUCUUCUGAAUGUUACAAUGACUGUUAAGAAAAGUUGGUUGAGGAUUGCAGAUUAGCCGACUGCUGUAAAAUAUUUCCAUUGGAACUAAUUAAAUUAAAUUAGGUAUGUAGUGUAUGACACUGUAUACAGAUAAUAUUCUACAAUGUUGUCUGAUAGCUGGACUCCUUAAAAUAAACUUUUGUUACAAGAUA